CCCGGUGGGACGAGGGGGGCAGCUGUUCGGAGCCCGCCCAGGGCCGUCCAGCCGCGGCAGCCGGCAGAAGUUUCCCCGCGUUCGUCUGUACCGGUGAAAGCGCCGGGGCCGCGGGGGGCGUCGGUCGCAAGGGGCGCGUUGAGCGCUCUGCCUGUCUUCUCUGCUCUCGGACGGGUAGCGUCUGUUGCAAAGAUCUUCUGAAUUUGGCUUCUGAUUAAAGCUGACAGAUAAUGGAAGCAUUUCCUUGGCGAUGUCUCUGGGGCGACUCCUCCGACGUGCCUCUUCGAAAGCUUCUGACCUCCUGACCUUGAAUCCUGCUGGUGGCAGUGCUUCACCUUCCAUACUUGAUGGGGAGAUUAUCUACUCCAAGAACAAUGUCUGUGUCCACCCUCCUGAGCUGCUGCAGGGCAUCGGGGAGCACCACCCAGGCUACCUGUGCGUGUACAUGGAGAAGGAUGAGCUCCUGGGGACCACGCUCAUCCUCGCCUGGGUGCCCAACUCCCGCAUCCAGCGUCAGGACGAGGAAGCCCUGCGCUACGUCACCCCCGAGAGCUCCCCUGUCCGCAGAGCUCCCCGCAAGCGCAGCCGCCACGCUCAGGGAUUCGGCGUCCUCGGCUCAGCUUCCCCCGCCGAGCAGGGGGGGGCAGCGAUCCUGAAAGGAGAGGACAUCCUGAGCGUGUCACAGCUUGUGAAAGAUGUGGCUUACAUCAGCUGCCCCCCUUCGGAAGGGGAGAAGCUGUCCCUGGGCUGCCCUGCGACCGAGGGCCCCAAGCAGUCCCCCCCGCCUGCCCGCAGUGACUCAGGAAUCCUCUCGACAAUCAGCUCCCAGGAGGAGCAGAACAGGGCGGAGCUGUCGGUGGAGGGGUCGGAGGAAGGUCUGGACUGCAGGCCAGAGCCGGGGGAGGACGAGGGCUCCCUGGAGCUGUCUGCGGAUGACGUGAGCAGGGACAGUACUUUUGACUCUGAUUCUGAUGCCUUCUCUUCCCCCUUCUGCCUCUCUCCCAUUAGUGAAGCCCUUGGGAAAAGCACUAGUUCCGUGUUUCUGGAUAAUGAGAGCAGGGACACGUGUGACAAUCGCAUGACCUGUUCCACCAGCUCAGCCUCCAGCCUGGACACCAGUGCCCAGUUCCAGGAGAGCAAUGGGCAAACACAGAGCACCAGAUGGGAUGAACAUCAGAAAGUAUUUGCCCUCGAGCAGGUCUGUGGUGUCUUUCGAGUGGACCUGGGACAAAUGAGAUCCCUUCGCCUCUUCUUUAGUGAUGAGGCAUGUACCUGUGGCCAGCUGGUUGUUGCGAGCAGGGAGAGCCAGUACAAGAUCUUCCACUUUCACCAUGGUGGCCUGGAUAAGCUGUCUGAGGUGUUUCAGCAAUGGAAGUACUGUACAGAGACCCAUCUCAAGGACCAGCACCUUACUGAUGAGAAAACAUGUAUGCAGUUCUCCAUCCGCCGUCCCAAGCUGCCCUCCUCAGAAACCCACCCAGAGGAGAACACCUACAAGCGUCUGGAUGUGUCUGCCUGGCUCCAUCACCUGAACGAGUCUGGGCAGGUGGAAGAGGAGUACAAGCUGCAGAAGGCCAUUUUCUUUGGUGGGAUUGAUAUUUCCAUCCGCGGGGAGGUGUGGCCCUUUCUGCUGCACUACUACAGCUAUGAGUCCACCUCUGAGGAGAGGGAGGCCCUGAGACUGCAGAAGAGGAAAGAAUACUUUGAAAUCCAGGAGAAAAGGCUUUCGAUGACUCCAGAUGAGCAGAAGGAUUUCUGGCGCCAGGUGCAGUUCACGGUGGAUAAAGAUGUUGUGAGGACUGACCGCAGCAACCAGUUCUUCCGAGGGGACAACAACCCAAAUGUGGAAACUAUGAGAAGAAUCUUGCUGAACUAUGCAGUAUUUAACCCAACAAUUGGAUACUCCCAGGGGAUGUCCGACCUGGUUGCUCCGCUCCUGGCAGAGGUCUUGGAUGAGUCAGAUACUUUCUGGUGCUUUGUAGGAUUGAUGCAGAACACAAUCUUCAUCAGCUCACCCCGGGAUGAGGACAUGGAGAAGCAGCUGAUGUACCUUCGGGAGCUGCUGCGGCUCAUGCACCCACGCUUCUACCAGCACCUUUCUUCCCUGGGAGAGGAUGGCCUGCAGAUGCUUUUCUGUCAUCGUUGGAUCCUCCUGUGUUUCAAACGAGAAUUUCCAGAGGCUGAGGCUUUGCGUAUAUGGGAAGCCUGCUGGGCUCACUAUCAGACAGACUAUUUCCACCUCUUUAUCUGUGUGGCCAUCGUGGUGAUUUAUGGGGAUGAUGUCAUUGAGCAACAGCUGGCCACCGACCAGAUGCUGCUGCAUUUUGCCAACCUGGCCAUGCACAUGAACGGAGAGCUUGUGCUCAGGAAGGCAAGGAGUCUGCUCUAUCAGUUCCACCUCCUCCCCUGCAUCCCCUGCAGCCUGCACGACCUGUGCAAGCUGUGUGGGACAGGAAUGUGGGACAGUGGCUUCAUCCCUGCUGUGGAGUGCUCUGGCCAUCACCCCGAGUCUGAGAGCUGCCCGUAUGGGGGGGUGGCAGAAGUGUCUUCUCCUAAACCAGGAAGUGAAGGCAAGAGAGGCCUGAAAACACGGGAGGUCUUUUCCUUCCGAAAAUAAACAGAGAGGAACAGGGUGUGACAGCGGAAGAGGGAAGGGCAGGAAGGAUGUGCAUAGGCAAAAGUGUUGAAGAUCAAAAUGGAGAGAUAUCUUGUCAAGACUCCUGAGAAGACUGAAAGGCAAGAGGUGAGGACUGAAAUCACUCCACAGGGGAAGCAAAUUCCAAUGCACUGGUGGUGGAACCUGAAUGAAAUGCAUCAAACCAGUAACAGUGUUUGCACGUUUUUGGAUAUGAUUUUGUUAGAAACAUGAAGCUUUUCUAGGUCUUAACAAGGACUUUUUAUUCUGCCUCUGGGAUUGGACUGGUUGGCAACCAGAACUUUGUUUCUUGCUGAUGAGAAAUGAGAACACUAAAGAGAGCCAAGGGCAACCAGCAGUGUUUGUGAGCCAGGAGGAAGGAGCAGAGCUGGGUGAGAGCUCUCUCUGAUGUCCCUUCAUCCAAGUGUGUCACACGCAUGGACUCUCUGCUUCAGCCAAAAUGUGCAGCUUAGUGGCUUCUCUCUAAAGCCAUAAAGACCAUUUUAGUUAUAACCUGCCAAAAAUAAAACUGCAGGCUAUUGGGAUUGCAGGGAAGGUGCCUGCUCUGUUGAUGAGGAACUGGUCACCUAAAGGUCUUGUCUCCUGCCUUUUCUUUUCUAUGUGGUAUGCUGGCUGGCAUGAUUUUGUUCAGUGUACAGCCACAGGUCUUAAAGCAACACUUUCCUGUAGUCAGGGUAUUUCAGACACCUUUCAGAGUUUACUUCUUCAUGGCAUUACAGCAAAGCUGUUUCUUUAUAUGCUGAUCACUACAGACUUUAGACACUUUUUUAUGGGAAUCUGUUGUUCCUAGUAUGUUUCCCAAUGUGUUUCCUUUGGCUCUGCUCCAAAUACUGAAUAUUCACUGUCCCUACCUGCCUUGGCCUUAGCUGUGGCACAUAGACUCCAGGUGGGCCUUAGGCUCUUCAGCUGGUGCCAGUAGUGCACCUUCUCCCCCAUCGCAAAGUGAAAAUGAAACUUGGUUUGUAGCAAUCGUUUUUGCUGAGUGCUGUCUCUGAUCCAAGUUUCCCUUACAGUAUUUUUGAAAGGACAGCAUGUUUCUCCUCUGUCUUCUGUAUAAUUUGCCAACUAGAAGUGGAGCUGGGGCACUGAGCCCAGCUGCCUUGCCAAAUGUCCUUACCAAAUUCAGUGGCAUCCAAAGGUGUGUCCUGAGCCAGGAUUUGUGCCAAACAGAGCUGGGGGAAUAUUUUCCUUAUCAGAAUGAAAAAGGAGAUGAGGUGACAGAGGGCUGUACCAGCUUUGCUGCAUCCCUCUGCAUGGUGAAUGAAGUCCUGCAGCCUUUCCUGGUUGUCUUGUUCCUUCUCACUCCAGCCAUACUGCUCCUCUUGUACAACUGUGUCUUGCUGUGAUAGGAGGGAAGGUCCAGGCUCCCUUUCCAGCUCUGCCUGUCAGGCUUGUCUGUCCAGUGAGCAGCACGUGUGGGAACCCUGUACCUCAUGUGUCCUGUGCAGCAAAGGGUUCCUGCAUCCAACAAGAUAGUUCCCCCACAAACCUUUCUGCAAGGCCUUACCUACAGCCUGCUCUGGAAUCUACAUGCCCCAUACCUGCUGGGAAGGAAGGCUGGCAACUGGGAUGCUUCAUGUGAAACCAGUACAAACCAAGUCCACACUGCACUGGUAAGGGGAAGGCUUCAGCCUGUGCAGGCACCAUGCCAAAGUCUGGCUCUUGUGUGGCAGAAGGACAGCUGGGCUCCUGAUCUGUGUGCCUUUAACCAAGAGGGUGAAAACCUUUCCCUGGAGGAGAACAACACAGCAUUGCACACCUCCACAGCAGCCUGGCAGCCAGAGGGACUGAGGCUGCAAGGCAACAGAUGCCUGUGGGGCUGCAGGAGGUGACACCUCGCAUAGGGCUGGUGGCUGCUCUGCUGUGACACAGGGAGUUCUGCGAGAUUCAUGGUGUUGCAGUGAGUAAUAAAGGUUUGUGUGAGGCA